GGGAGCCGGGAGACGCGUCGUCGCGCUCGCGGAGUGGUAGUGUGAGGUGACCGUUAAUUAGACCCCGGCGCGUCGCCUCUCCCGGCUUGCUCGUCCUAACGUCGCUUUGCCCGUCUGCCAGUCUCAGGAUGUCCGCCCGCGGCCCGGCUAUCGGCAUCGACCUGGGCACCACGUACUCUUGCGUGGGGGUGUUCCAACACGGCAAGGUGGAGAUCAUCGCCAAUGACCAGGGCAACCGCACCACCCCCAGCUACGUGGCCUUCACCGACACGGAACGCCUGAUCGGCGACGCCGCCAAGAACCAAGUAGCCAUGAACCCCACGAACACCAUCUUCGACGCCAAGCGGCUGAUCGGGCGCAAGUUCGAGGACGCCACGGUGCAGUCGGACAUGAAGCACUGGCCCUUCCGGGUGGUGAGCGAGGGCGGUAAGCCCAAGGUGCAGGUGGAGUACAAGGGCGAGAUGAAGACCUUCUUCCCGGAAGAGAUCUCCUCCAUGGUGCUCACGAAGAUGAAGGAGAUCGCCGAGGCCUACCUGGGGGGUAAAGUGCAGAGCGCGGUCAUCACGGUGCCGGCCUAUUUCAACGACUCGCAGCGCCAGGCCACCAAGGACGCGGGCACCAUCACGGGCCUCAACGUGCUGCGCAUCAUCAACGAGCCCACGGCGGCGGCCAUCGCCUACGGCCUGGACAAGAAGGGCUGCGCGGGCGGCGAGAAGAACGUGCUCAUCUUCGACCUGGGCGGCGGCACGUUCGACGUGUCCAUCCUGACCAUCGAGGACGGCAUCUUCGAGGUGAAGUCGACGGCCGGCGACACCCACCUAGGCGGCGAAGACUUCGACAACCGCAUGGUGAGCCACCUGGCCGAGGAGUUCAAGCGCAAACACAAGAAGGACAUCGCGCCCAACAAGCGCGCUGUGCGGCGGCUGCGCACGGCCUGCGAGCGCGCCAAGCGCACCCUGAGCUCGUCCACGCAGGCGAGCAUCGAGAUCGACUCGCUCUACGAGGGCAUAGACUUCUACACGUCCAUCACCCGCGCCCGCUUCGAAGAGCUCAACGCCGACCUCUUCCGCGGCACCCUGGAGCCGGUGGAGAAGGCGCUGCGCGACGCCAAGCUAGACAAGGGCCAGAUCCAGGAGAUCGUGCUGGUGGGCGGCUCCACGCGCAUCCCCAAGAUCCAGAAGCUGCUGCAGGACUUCUUCAACGGCAAGGAGCUCAACAAGAGCAUCAACCCCGACGAGGCCGUGGCCUACGGCGCCGCUGUGCAGGCGGCCAUCCUCAUUGGCGACAAGUCGGAGAACGUGCAGGAUCUGCUGCUGCUGGACGUGACGCCCCUGUCGCUGGGCAUCGAGACGGCUGGCGGCGUCAUGACCCCGCUCAUCAAGAGGAACACCACCAUCCCCACCAAGCAGACGCAGACCUUCACCACCUAUUCAGACAACCAGAGCAGUGUGCUGGUGCAGGUGUACGAGGGCGAACGGGCCAUGACCAAGGACAAUAACCUGUUGGGCAAGUUCGACCUGACUGGGAUCCCCCCAGCACCCCGCGGGGUCCCCCAGAUCGAGGUCACCUUCGACAUCGAUGCCAACGGCAUUCUCAACGUCACCGCCGCAGACAAGAGCACCGGGAAGGAGAACAAAAUCACCAUCACCAACGACAAGGGUCGUCUGAGCAAGGACGACAUUGACCGCAUGGUGCAGGAGGCCGAGCGGUACAAGUCGGAAGAUGAAGCAAAUCGCGACCGCGUCUCCGCCAAAAACGCGGUGGAGUCCUAUACCUACAACAUCAAGCAGACGGUGGAAGACGAGAAAUUGAGGGGCAAGAUCAGCGAGCAGGACAAAAACAAGAUCCUCGACAAGUGUCAGGAGGUGAUCAGCUGGCUCGACCGCAACCAGAUGGCAGAGAAAGACGAGUACGAGCACAAGCAGAAAGAGCUUGAGCGCGUGUGCAACCCCAUCAUCAGCAAACUUUACCAAGGCGGCCCUGGCGGCGGCGGCUCCGGAGCCUCGGGAGGACCCACCAUCGAGGAAGUGGACUAACUGCACGAGCCAGCGUAAACCUCUUUUCCUUUUUUUCCUUUUGUUUUGGUUUCUUCUUUGAAGUGUGCUUGUGCCAAGUAAGAUCUGUUGAAAGUCUAGCUCGUUGUAUAGGAAUGAAAGGAAAGGUGCAACAACUUAGUUUAGUUAUAAAAGGUUAGUUCUACAGUUUGGUUUGGGAAAAUGAGGUUUCUCGAAUGCAUUUUCAGCCAUUGCUUCUUUGAGCAUUUUUGGUUAAGCUUAGUUUGUGCAUGCAGAUAUGCUUGAGAUGGGAAACCUGCUGUUUGCACACCUGUCCUAAUGGAAGCAUGAUAACAAGAAGAUAUACAAGCUUGAAUUAUUUUUAUGUACUACUUUAAGAAUAACACAGUCAUUUUAAAGGCAGGCAUAUUUCUGUAAACACACACAUACAAAUUUAAAGUAAAGCUGAAAUUGGUCUCAAAA